AUGCUGCCAUGUAUUCUGGUCACUUGUCUUCUUCCAAUUAGGGCAGCAGCUAGGGAGUUAAUGGAUGUAGAUGUGAUUUUUGCCUUCCUCCCUGGGGCGGCGCAUGGCUUUGCAACAGUCACACUGGGGCAUCCGCUUGACACCGCCAAGACACGCAUGCAGGCAUUAGGCCCGCGGGCGAGCAGCUCCUUUCUAGUCACCAUGUGGAACAUGGCUCGUGAGGAGGGGGUGCGGAGUUUGUACCGCGGCGUCACCCCACCCUUAAUGAUAUCUGCAACGAAGCGUAGUUUACAGUUCGCUGUGUGGGACGCACUUCGAGAGUCGGACGGCCAUCACGGCUUGCCUGCGGAAGCUUCCUCUUCGUGCGGCAAAAGUGUUUUUUCUCACGCGUUUGCAUGGGUGCGGGCUUCAUCGUUUCUUUCUGGGGCAGUUGCAGGUGGCUUAGGGACCCUCAUUGGUUGCCCGAUGCAUGUCAUAAAGAUUCAGACCCAGUUUCUCACCCACAGCGUGACGAGAAAUGCCUGGACGUGUACGCUUGACAUUUACCGCAGCGAAGGUUUUCGUGGAUAUUAUCGCGGUUUUCGCUACCACGUCGUGAAGGAUGUAUUUUUUGCCAGCUGCUACUUGGGCUUAUACGAUGCAAUGAAGCGAUGGCUGGAUAAAUUCGACAAGACGUCCGCGCGACUGAAGCGGGGUUCUUCUGCACCAGUCAUAAUAGGAAGCUCCGGCGAGCUUUCCAAGGGCCAGUUAGCGUUUCUUGCAGGCAGUAUAUCCUCCAUGUUCACGUGGACUCUGCUGUAUCCGCUUGACACCAUCAAGACAAUCGUGCAGGCCCGCAACGUUGGCUUUGUGCACGUGAUGGCCAUCUUCAGGCAGCAAAGGACCGCCAUGUACCGCGGGCUGGGGGCCUCGCUCGUGAGGGCGGGUCCAGUGAAUGGUGCGGCAAUGGUGGCGUACGAACUGAUGAAGAGCAGGACAGAUUUGCUGCUGCUGCACAGAAAAACACGUGCAGCGGAGGAUGCGGGCGGAAAGGUGCGGUGGUUUUAA